AUGGCGUCUUUGACCGACCUGCCGGAUUCUGUCCUGUUGGAGAUUUUCUCUUACCUCCCGGUCCGGGACCGGAUCCGCAUCUCCAGGGUCUGUCACUGCUGGAAGAGGCUGGUGGACGACCAAUGGCUGUGGCGACACGUCGACCUGACGCUCUACACGAUGCGGCCUAAAGUCAUGUGGCACCUUCUUCGUCGGUACAUGGCAUCUCGGCUUCAUUCCCUGCGGAUGGGUGGCUACCUGUUCUCUGGCUCCCAGGCCCCUCAGCUGUCGCCUGCCUUGAUGAGGGCCCUGGGUCAGAAGUGCCCCAACCUAAAGCGCCUCUGCCUGCACGUGGCCGACCUAACCAUGGUGCCCAUCACCAGCCUGCCCUGCACCCUGAGAACCCUGGAGCUGCACAGUUGUGAGAUCUCCAUGGCCUGGCUCCUCAAGGAGCAGGACCCCACAGUGCUGCCCCUGCUCGAGUGCAUUGUGCUAGACCGUGUCCCCGCCUUCCGUGAUGAGCACCUACAGGGCCUGACGCGCUUCCGUGCCCUGCGCUCGCUGGUGCUUGGUGGUACCUACCGUGUGACCGAGACGGGGCUGGAUGCGAGCCUGCAGGAGAUGAGCUACUUGCAGAGGCUGGAGGUGCUUGGCUGCACCCUCUCAGCCGACGGCACACUCCUGGCCAUCAGUCGCCACCUCCGAGAUGUGCGCAAGAUCCGGCUGACUGUGAGGGGCCUCUCUGCCCCUGGCCUGUCAGUCUUGGAGGGAAUGCCGGCUCUGGAGAGUCUGUGCCUGCUGGGCCCACUUAUCACCCCAGAAAUGCCCUCUCCCACUGAAAUCCUCUCCUCCUGCCUCACCAUGCCCAAGCUCAGGGUCCUUGAGCUGCAGGGGUUAGGGUGGGAGGGUCAGGAGGCCGAGAAGAUCUUGUGUAGAGGGCUGCCCCAUUGUAUGGUCAUUGUCAGGGCCUGCCCCAAAGAGUCCAUGGACUGGUGGAUGUGA